UCGCGGAGAGCAAUCCGCGUGAACGGUGCCCUCCUCCUGCGCUCCCCUCGCGUACCGUUUCCUCUCAUAACUGCGUCGCGCGCACUGCGCGAGGGCCUCGCGCGGAGAGACAGACGUCACUGCUGGCUUUUCAUAACACCGCUGCUUUGAGAUGCCGCUCGGACCAGCAGCCUCACAGCGCGCCGCGUUUCCUCUCCUUUCGUUUCGCGCAACGGCCACCGAAGACCAACACGGGAAUGCAUCGCGGGCAGCGCGAAUCUGACGUGAACGGGAGCGGUGGACAUACGGAGAAGACUCCGCCGGAAUGACCCCGCGUCUCCUCGCGCUGCGCUCGUGAAGCUCGUCAAGCGGACUCACAGGGACGCGCGAUCCCUACCAGGCGUCAGUCAUGCCGGUGCGGCGGGGUCACGUCGCGCCGCAAAACACAUUUCUCGGCAUUAUCAUUCGCAAAUUCGAGGGACAAAACAGGAGAUUUGUCAUAGCCAAUGCACGAGUCCAGAACUGUGGCAUCAUCUACUGCAAUGACGCCUUCUGCGAAAUGACGGGAUUUUCCCGGCCGGACAUCAUGCAGAAGCCGUGCACCUGCGACUUCUUGCAUGGACAGCUGACCAAACGGCACACCAUCGCGCAGGUAGCGCAGGCUCUGCUUGGCUCGGAGGAACGCAAAGUGGAGAUCACGUAUCACCGCAAGGACGGUUCAGACUUCAUGUGCACAACACACAUCAUUCCAGUAAAGAACCAGGAAGGCGUCGUCAUGAUGUUCAUUCUGUGCUUCGAAUAUGUGCUGAAUGAUGGAAGCAUGGACUCAUUAGACCGACUUAACCACACCUCUCCAACCAGACAAGAACAAAAAAAGGGCCGUUUCUUUCGCUUCCGCCUGCCGGCGCCGCUGAGCAUGCUGGGAGUGAGCAAGCAGUCUCUGCCUCAGGAAGACCCGGACGUGGUGACCAUCCAUUCGGCCGAACAGAACGAAAAACACUCGUCCUGCUCGUCGUCUCUCUCUCUUUCACUCUCUCCACGUGAACUCCACCCCCCCACCGGCGAGAGCUGUAGCCCCUCCUACGGAAAUGACACCCAGGCUCUGAUUGGUCAGAGUUGUUUGGGGUCGUGCUCGCCCAUCUCAGGGCCACAGGACCACUCGUCUCCGCGGGGCCCGUGGGAGCGGCCGGACCCUCAGCAGCCUGCGGGGGUCGUGUCCCGCAGGGUGUCACAGGCCAGUAUGUGCACGUUUAGAAGAGCGUCAUCUAACCAAGAUCUAGAAGGACUCAGCACACACACACACCGUGAUCGGCACGCAAGUGAAGAUAACGGCCGUAGUAUUAAAGUGUCGCGCUCUUGGAUGGCCGGGGGUCCAUUUAAUCAGAUCAAGUCCAGUCUGUUGGGCUCCACGUCUGACUCAAACCUCACGAAGUACAGCACCAUCAACAAGAUUCCUCUCAUCACCCUGAACUUCUCCGAGACCAGCAACGACAAGAGGCCGUCCUCGCCACAUUCCUCUGAGAAAACCAUCAUCGCACCCAAGGUCAAAGAUCGGACACACAACGUCACAGAGAAGGUCACACAGGUGUUGUCGCUAGGCGCCGAUGUUCUUCCAGAAUAUAAGCUUCAGACGCCACGUAUGGACAAGUUCACCAUAUUACACUACAGCCCCUUCAAGGCCGUCUGGGAUUGGCUGAUCCUGCUGCUCGUCAUCUACACCGCCAUAUUCACGCCCUACAGCGCAGCCUUCCUUCUCAACGACCCGGAGGAACGUACGAGACGCAAGUGCGGUUACUCUUGCAGUCCGCUCAACGUGGUGGACCUGAUCGUAGAUAUCAUGUUCAUUGUGGACAUUCUCAUUAAUUUCCGCACUACAUACGUCAACAUCAACGAGGAGGUGGUCAGCCGUCCGGCAAAGAUAGCCGUGCAUUACUUCAAGGGCUGGUUCCUCAUUGAUAUAGUGGCUGCCAUCCCCUUUGACCUGCUCAUCUUUGGAUCAGGAUCUGAGGAGACCACGACUCUGAUUGGCCUGCUGAAGACCGCCCGACUUCUGCGAUUGGUCCGCGUGGCACGUAAGCUAGACCGUUACUCAGAGUACGGAGCGGCUGUCCUCAUGCUCCUCAUGUGUAUAUUUGCACUCAUCGCUCAUUGGCUGGCCUGUAUAUGGUACGCCAUCGGUAACGUGGAGAAGCCGUAUCUGAAGAACACCAUUGGCUGGUUGGAUAAUCUGGGCGUGUCCAUUGGAAAGCAGUACAACAGCAGUGAUUCCAACUCCGGCCCGUCCAUCAAAGACAAGUACGUCACGGCGCUUUAUUUCACCUUCAGCAGUCUGACCAGCGUGGGCUUCGGGAACGUUUCACCCAACACCAAUUCAGAGAAGAUCUUCUCCAUCUGUGUCAUGCUCAUCGGCUCUCUCAUGUAUGCCAGUAUCUUUGGAAAUGUGUCUGCUAUUAUCCAGCGUCUGUACUCAGGAACGGCUCGGUAUCAUCUGCAGAUGCUUCGGGUCAAAGAAUUUAUCCGCUUCCAUCAGAUACCCAACCCGCUCCGACAAAGACUGGAGGAAUACUUCCAACACGCAUGGACCUACACCAACGGCAUCGACAUGAACAUGGAGGUACUGAAGGGUUUUCCAGAGUGCCUUCAGGCUGAUAUCUGUCUUCAUCUUAACCAAAGUUUGCUCCAGAGCUGUAAGGCAUUUCACGGGGCGACCAAGGGAUGCCUACGGGCGCUGGCCAUGCGUUUUAAGACCACCCACGCCCCGCCGGGCGACACGCUGGUGCAUGGUGGGGACGUUCUCACGGCCCUCUACUUUCUCGCCAGGGGAUCCAUCGAGAUCCUCAGAGAUGACAUCGUGGUGGCCAUCCUUGGUAAGAAUGAUAUUUUUGGCGAGAUGAUUCAUCUGUACGCCAAGCCGGGGAAAGCCAACGCUGACGUUCGAGCUCUGAGUUACUGUGAGCUGCACACCAUCCACAGAGAAGAUCUUCUGGAGGUUCUGGACAUGUAUCCUGAAUUCUCCGACUACUUUCUGUCCAACCUGGAGCUCACGUUCAACCUGCGAGAGGAGAUCGCAAAGGUUGCCGUGGCUCCUCAGACGAACAUCUACACGACUCAGAGUGACUCAGACACCGAGGAUCCAGACGUCAGGAAUAAAUCCAGCUGUAAGAGCAAACGCUCGGCAGGUACACCCAACAAAUCGUGCAGAGCAGAGAGAGAGACGGUGCGAGAGGAGGAGGAGGAGACAGCGAGACCUUUUGGGGUUCUGGGUCGACCUCUUCCAGUCCAUCUCAUCACCAUCCCUCACACAUACACUUCAGAUAACAAUGACGUGUGCGCUGAAGAAUGGCCUUGUGGGAAAGCAGAUGACUCAGCGAAAUCUCAGGACAAAGAGGGAGGAGAUGACUGUGAAAGUGACAUCACGUUCGGAGAAAUGGAGCAGCGGCUGGAUCUACUGCAGGAACACCUGAACAGGCUGGAAUCUCAGAUGACGACAGACAUUCAGGCUAUUUUACAGUUACUCCAGAGACAGAGCGCUUCAGGACCUCCAGCGUACAGCACUGUAGCCGUCAGUCCAGAAUAUAACAAACCUGUACAGCCCGUCACCGCCAUACAGACACGGAGUCCCAAACCAGAGAAUGUCUGCAGCGAAGACUCCACACCUGCCGUUACCACGGAGAUGACCUGUGAUGUCAGCACAACCACCGCACCGGCGCCGGACCCUCGGUGUGAGGCGGGGCUAAAGCCAAUGGAUAAUGAGCAUCCCAGAUCUCUCCAGUUGUCAAUCAGACAAGCAUCCCUCCCGGACUCAUCGCUGGGCAACAAGACAGCGCUGGAUCUCAACAGACCCUCCUCUGAUCCUGGACUUCCAGGACAGUAAAGUUUACGUUUCAAUGCUUCACAAAAGAAAAUUGACCAAGAGAAACGAUGAGAGCCAAUAAUCCCUGAUUAUGGUGAGGUUUGAAGAGCUGGUGUAACUAUGCACAGACAGAACAGAAUCUCCAUAAGUCUCUUUCCUUCAAAACGACAGCCCCUGACUCAGGGUAGAGAGCUCAAAGUCAUAUGCAAGUGAUUGAAAUCCACCCUCCGUGUCCCGUUUAGUUCUCUUCAGAUCCAGUAGCGAAUCAAAAGCAGGUAAACAGAUGCAUUAAUGCAGAAUCGCUUUCAAGCGUGUUCAUUUUGUAAAUAAGAAACGGAACGGUGCGCAAGCGCUCAUGAUGAAGAAAGAUGCAUGCUGGGAGAAAAAAGGCAGUGUUUAUUUUUUGCAUGUGAAAAGACACUUGUAUUGUUAACCAAGUGCUAUGAGCUUGUUUUUGGUUUCCUAUACCACCUAUUUGUGAUUUAUAUACAUAUUUAUUUACUUACUACGAGAUUCCUGGUAUUCAGGAAGAAUCUUUACUUGAACUGAACUCUACAAAGCCUCAUGGUCCAGACACGUCAUCUCAAAAUAUCGCUUUGUUUUUCCCCAUAUCACAAUCCCACAGGCCAGUGACAGUCGACUGAAGAUUUUAACAUCAUCAGUAUUGAAAAAUAAGGAUGUCUCAGUAUUUUAUUUGAUGAAACCCGUUCACAUUGCGCGCAGAUCCACUUUGACUUCGAAUCUCAGUUUUUUUGUCGUGUACCUUCAUUUCUCGUACAAUUUAGACGUAAACACCACGUCACGCUUGUGAUAUUCCGGAAGCUGUAGCAGUGUUAUCAUUUAUAUUUAUUAUCCUUAGAAAUAAAUCAUGAGACACGGGGAACCCACAUCUCUGGCUUUGGGAGCAGCCGUCAUCUCCGGAUCUUAACGCAGAAUAAAGCACAGAACUCUUAGUCUUGCAGUAUGACAUGACUCCAGCUGCAUGUUUUAACCAAAGUUAGUUAGAAGUGUUAAUCAUGUAAUCAACAUGUUAUGAGAUGCAUCCAAACACGCCGUCUUCCUAGUGUCAGAGAAAACUAAACGUAUGCAUGUCUUUAGUCGUUUCCUCGUAGAGUUGCCAGAUUUAGAUCUUGGACGUGACUGAAUGAAUGAAUCCGGUGGGACAUAUCAGUGUAUUUGAGAGAGAGGCUGUGAAUUCACGUCACGUGUUUCGGAGCCGGGAACGCUGGCAAGUGAAGAAGAGGAUGAGAGAGGGAUACGAUACUAUUGCGAUCUUUUGCACAAACUCUCUGAAACAUCUUGUACAGUGUCACUUUUUAAAACUAGUGCUGUUGGCAGAAUUGUUUUUAUGCAUUUUUUUAAAUGUUUGACACUGUAUUUUAUAAAACGCAACACGUAACAGCAGGUUAGAAUGUUUUCUUCCUCGGAUAUAUUAUUGGUAUGUAUUAUAGGCUAUUUAUGCUGUAUAUUGUGAAUAUACAAUGCACAACCGUGUAUAAUAAUA